GCUACCGGUGUCUUUACUGCCCAAGCCGGGGAUAAAGAGGCCUCCUGCUCGCUGGCCGAUUCGCGCGGCGGGGACUGGUCUGCGAGGUUCGUCGUGGCAGCCCAGGGACCGCAGCGGGAGCCGUCGGGCCGACUCGCCCUCCCGGGCCUGGUGCAGGCGGGAUCAGAGGCCCUCCCCGACCGGGAUGCGCGCAUGCGUGAAGAAGAAAGAAUUCGAUUAAAGAAGAAAUAUCCCAAGGAACAGUGAGCAGGAUGAGUACACCCCAGGACCAGAGUGGCUGCUCCAGUAACAGAGAACCCCUUCUGAGGUGUUGCGAUGCACGGAGGGAACUGGAGCUUGCCAUUGGUGGAGUUCUCCGGGCCGAACAGCAAAUUAAAGAUAACUCGCAAGAGGUCAAAGCUCAGAUUCACAGCUGCAUAAGCCGUCACCUGGAAUGCCUUCGAAGCCGUGAAGUGUGGCUGUAUGAACAGGUAGAUCUCAUCUAUCAGCUUAAAGAAGAGACACUUCAGCAGCAAGCCCAACAGCUCUACUGGCUAUUGGGCCAGUUCAAUUGUCUUAUUCAUCAGCUGGAGCGCACCCAAAACAAAGAGCUAGCCAGUCAAGUCUCUGUGUGUCUGGAGAGACUGGGCAGUUUGACCCUCAAACCCGAAGAUUCCACUGUCCUACUCUUUGACGCAGAUACAACUGCUCUGCGCCAGACCAUCACCACGUUUGGGUCCCUCAAGACCAUCCAAAUCCCUGAGCACCUGAUGACUCAUGCUGGUUCAUCAAAUAUCGGGCCCUUCCUGGAGAAAAGAGGUUAUAUCCCAGUGCCAGAACAGCAGAAGUCAUCAUCCAGCACCACAGCUGUCCCCCUCGGCGAUUGGCUCCUUGGCAGCAAACCCACAAAUGGUCACCAGGCUCCUCACGUGCCCAGCACCAACCCCCAGGACUGGCUCUCCCCACAGCAGACCUUGGAGAAUAGUCAAACUGCCCCCAGAGCCUGCAAUUUCAGUAAUGUCUGGGGCAACCUAAAGGGCUUGGAAAACUGGCUCCUCAAGAGUCAGCAGCAAGAAGUUCCUGAAAAACCAAGUAACCAAAAGUGUAACAGCUAUUCUACUGCCAGUUCUUUCUCCACUGAAGUUGAAAAGGUCAGCAACCUAGAGCAUCUUGAUGAAGUUGAGAUGGACCUUUCUGAUUGGCUGGUGACUCCCCAGGAACCCUGUAAGCUGGAGAAGCCGGAGAGUGGUAGCUGUGAAACCAGUGAGAAGUUCAAGCUCUUGUUCCAGAUUUUCCAGGAGUCCUAUAGUGUGAGUGAUUGGCUUGUCAAGCCUGAUUCCUGUUCCAAUUGUCAGGGCAACCAGCCCAAAGGUGUGGAGAUUGAAAACCUGGGCAAUCUGAAGUGCCUGAAUGACCACUUAGAGCCCAAGAAACCACUGUCCACCCCCAGCAAGAUUACUGAGGAUUGGCUUGUCCAGACACAUCCAGAACCAUAUAAAGUAGAGGAGGUAUGCAAAGCCAAUGAGCCCUGCACAAGUUUUUCAGAGUGUGUGUGUGAUGAGAAUUGUGAGAAGGAAGCUCUGUGUAAGUGGCUUCUGAAGAAAGAAGGAAUGGAUAAAAAUGGGAUGCCGGUGGAUCCAAAACCUGAGCCUGAGAAGCUUAAAGAUUCCCUGAAUAUGUGGCUCUGUCCUUCCAGAAAAGAGGCAACAAAACACGCUAAGGCACCAAAGGCAAUGGAACCUUUUAGAAUUGCUGAUUCCUUUCAAAUCAUAAGGAACAGUCCCUUGUCAGAAUGGCUCAUUAGAUCUUCUUGCAAAGAAGGAAGUCUCAAGGAAGUGCCUAGUACCCAGGACAGAGCUGCCCAGGAAGUGGUAUCCCCAGGCAAACAAAUGUUUGUGAGCUCCACAGCUGCUUCCUGGUAUCCUUUUAAUACUGCUGACUGGGUCUUGCCAGGAAAGAAUACAGGAAAUUUCAGCCAGUUCUCCUCUGGAGAAGACAAGUGGCUACUUCGAAAGAAGGCCCAGGAAGUAUUGCUUACUUCUCCCCUACAGGAGGAAUGUAAAUUUCCCCCAGAUUGUUAUGGCCUCCCAGCAGUUUGUGAUCUCUUUGCCUGUAUGCAGCUUAAAGUUGAUAAAGAAAAGUGGUUGUAUCGGACUCCACUACAGAUGUGAAGAAUGGAAUACUAAAAGUUGAGCUGCUUUUCUACGGAUUAUUGCACAUCCAUGAGCUGAGUGACUGCGGCUUGCCAAAUCAAUGUUUCUGGGUUUGACCAGUCAGCUUCUUUCCUUUCCUAAUUUUGAACUAGUGAAGUCUUCAAAUUAUGAGUUACCAUAUAAAAGAAAAAGACUGUUUGCUAAAUUGAUGCUGAGGUGAUUCAGUUCCUUUUUACAGAAGCAUUAUUUAAUUCACUCCUACAGUAGAAAUACAACAUACAACAUCUUGUUGGAUAGGUCUUUUUCCUAAGCCUCCUUAGAUUGAGUUGUUACUAGAAGUACAUUAAAGCACUAUAGUUUUAAAAAUGAAACGUUUCUGUGGAAAUGCGUGUUGACGUAUCAUAAAGCUACUAAAUUUUCCUUUUUGAUGAACUACUUUGAAUGUUUCCUUUGCUGUGGAUUUUCUUCCAUUAGUGGUCUGAAAUGACAUAUUUCACACAAAUAGCUUUGCUAAUACAGUGAUUUUCUUCCUUACAAAAAUGUGUUUCAAUAAUCUUGGCAAUUUUUGACAUUAAUUACGAAGUAUUUUAGCCUAUUUCUCAGUUUUAGAUUACUGCAAAAUUUCUCAUUCCUUUUUAAAAUGUUACUAAAGUGUCCAAUGAGUGCUUGUAGAAGGGUUCUGUAUUAUUUCAAUACCAUAUUCAGCAUAGUCCUAGCUUCUUUCAAAUAUUCUGCUAACCUACGGGCAAAAGGGCCUCAGUGCUGACUUACCAAAAAGCAAAAAGGUAAAGAUGUAGGAAAUAUAGUACUUGAACUAUUCACUUUUACAGGGAUGGUUGGUGCCUUCUGAGUAAAUGGAAGACAAACUGCUGAGCUUGACACCUGGUGCUUUAACUAGGGAUGCAUUAUGUGCCCUCUCACUGCAAGCACAGCAUGCUGGCACCUCCGAAAGUACAAUGCAUUGAUAUUUUAGUGAAUAGGCUGUUUUGAACACUUGUGCCUUGGAGUAUUUAUUGAAGUUUUAUGAAAACUAUCAAAUGUGUUUUCUCAGUCUUCUUAGUCAUGUCCAUGCUUUAAGUUUCUCUGUAGGAGAGAAAUUGGAUUUAUGUUUUAAAGUUGUCAAAAAUGAGAUAGUUCUUUUCUAGGCUUUAAACCAUUGUUUAAAACCUCUCACCUGCCUGUGUAUUUUGGAAAUACUUUUUAAGUUUGUGAUAUGGUCAUCUAGAAAUUAGCUGUUUUGGGGAAACUUCACAGUCCCAAUGUCAUUGCCAUGUUAGCUAUACUAGAAUUGUUAGCACCAUGGCUAAAAAGAGCCUCCUGUUUUUUAUCCACCCCCAGACACCAUUUAGAACUAUAAUGAUAAAGGUGUUUGGUAAACUUACAGAACCUUUCUAUCUCAGAAUGCAGGAAACUUGGUGGAGUUUCUGUCUUUCUUGGGGUUGCACACACUGUGUAUUACUAAAUUUACAGUAAUCAUUAUGCUAAUGAGUAUGUAAAACAUUCUUCUGCAUUGAUGCAUUUUUUACCUCCUUCCAUUAAAAGCAUAACAGCCA